AUGGCGCAGAAUAAUCUGGAAGUAGGAAUGAAGUGCAUAAAAUAUAUGUUGCUCUGUGUUACAGCUAUCUUUGUGCUAACAUCAGCCCUAAUCAUAUCAGUGGGUACCACCAUCUACGCCAUCUACUAUGACGUGUCCUUCUUCCUCUACGAUCAGAUGUUCUCACCAGCCACUUUCAUCAUCGUUAUCGGCGUUAUUAUGCUCUUCGUUUCUUUGUUCGGCUGCGUCGGCGCACUGAAAGAGAGCACUUGCUUGGUUAACAUUUUCGCAGUGAUCCUCAGUCUUGUGCUGGUAUUAGAGAUCGCAGCGGCCAUUGCAGCAUAUACUCUGCGUGGUCAGGUUACAAAGAUGCUUGACGAGAACUUGAGAGACACAUUGCCUUACUACUACACCAACUCAGAAGUUGCCAGCAGCUACGACUUUAUACAGAGCAGGCUCAACUGCUGCGGUGUAGACUCUUACCUCGAUUGGGGAGAAGUACAAAACGCGCAAGGCACCGAAGGCAUCUCCGUUGCAAACAUCACUGUACCUUUCAGCUGCUGCGCGCAAACCCGCAGACACAUCUUGGGGGAGAUGGAAGUUGAGGAGUGUGAGAAAUUGUACGCGAACGGGUGUCUCCCUCGGAUCACCUACUUGGUCUAUCAGAGCGCUGGAUUGCUGGGCGCUGGAGCUAUGACCAUUGCAUUUAUACAGAUCAUCGGCAUCGUCUUCUCUUUCUCCCUGGCCACGUCUAUUCGCAAAGCCAAGUCCGAACGCGAGCGUAGACGCUGGGAGAUUCAAGAGCGUAUGAUUAACGCGUACACAUCUCUGAGUCCGGACACGGAAAAGAAGCCGGUCGUCUAUGUCCCGUUCCAUGGACAAACUGUAGCCUAA